AUGGCACAAGCUGAAUCCUCUACUGCAGCUGCCAAUAAAAUUGCCCGCGCAGAUCUUUCUGGUGCCCCGGUCAAUUAUGAAUUACCCUGGGUUGAAAAAUAUCGCCCAAUUUUUCUAGAUGAUGUUGUGGGAAACACUGAAACGAUAGAGCGGUUAAAAAUUAUCGCCCGCGAUGGAAACAUGCCCCAUGUCAUUAUCUCCGGCAUGCCUGGAAUAGGGAAGACAACUUCGAUUCUCUGCCUAGCAAGACAAUUGUUAGGCGAUACAUAUAAGGAGGCCGUAUUAGAGCUUAAUGCUAGUGAUGAAAGAGGUAUCGAUGUCGUCCGUAACAGAAUAAAAGGAUUUGCACAGAAGAAAGUCACAUUGCCCCCUGGCAGACAUAAGCUUGUCAUUCUUGAUGAAGCAGACAGUAUGACAUCCGGUGCACAGCAAGCUCUUCGACGUACUAUGGAAAUAUUUUCUACUACAACCCGGUUUGCAUUUGCAUGCAACCAGUCUAACAAGAUUAUUGAACCUCUGCAGUCUCGUUGUGCAAUUCUCAGAUACUCGCGCUUAACGGACGCUCAGGUCGUAAAGCGAUUGAUGCAAAUAUGCGAAGCCGAGAAAGUUAAAUAUUCUGAUGAUGGUAUUGCUGCGCUGGUGUUUAGUGCAGAAGGUGAUAUGCGUCAAGCAAUCAACAACCUACAGAGUACAUGGGCUGGAUUUGGCUUUGUUAGUGGUGAUAACGUGUUCAGGGUUGUAGAUAGCCCACAUCCAGUCAAAGUGCAGGCAAUGAUCAAAGCGUGCUGGGAAGGAAAGGUUGAUAUUGCCCUGGAUACUUUAAAUGAGUUGUGGUACGUGGAACUUGGAUACUCUGCUCAUGAUAUCAUAUCCACCAUGUUCCGCGUAACAAAAACCAUACCGAAUCUCUCUGAACAUUCGAAGUUAGAGUUCAUCAAGGAAAUUGGAUUUACCCACAUGCGAAUCCUAGAAGGCCUUCAAACCCUAGUUCAACUCAGUGGGUGUAUUGCCAAAUUAUGCAAAAUCAACAUGAAACCAGAGCUGUUCAAGCCACAAAGGUCAUGA